UGUCAUCCGGGCACUUUCAAGAUGGUUGCGUUCAAGAGAGCAAGAAUUUUAACUGUCGGUUAAUGAAGAAAAAACUGCAUUAGGGUAUAUAUCUGCUUACAAUCAUGGCCACCAAGCGGCCUGCUGAGGAUCAGGCCGCAGGGUCAGGUGGUCCUCCGGCCAAAAAAUCCAUGACGAGGUUUGAUCCUGUCAGCAUUGGCACAGUAUAUAAUCUGGAAGAACUAGACAUGAAGGUACUGAAGUUCCAGAACAAAAAGUUGGUAGAAAGGAUCGAGCUUCGUCGUCGUGCUGAAGACGAAUUGAGGAAAAGGAUCGAUCAGCUGGAAAAUCGUCAGCGCACUGAUGACGCUGUUCUCAUGAUUGUCAACCGAUACUGGAAUCUGCUUGAUGAAGAUGCACGUGUGUUACUGCAGAGGUUUGAUGCAGAGACGGCUGAUGAAACAGAGACCAAAAACGAGAGUGAUGCAACAACAGCAUUUCUCACCCUGCUGUCUACCUGGGACAAACAAGAACUGGAGCAGAGGCUCGGCCAGCGAGUCGAGUUCUCCAAGCGCGCCAUCGGCAAACUGCUGCAAGCCUUCGACAGGCUCCUUCAGAGAAAUGAGAAACUCAACAAGGCAAUUCAGGAUAAAGUUGAAGCUGAAGCUAAGGCCCAUGAAAUAUCGAAACCUGUCCCCAAAGAAAUUUCAGAGGUCAAGAUUGAACCAGAGGUCAUUGAAAUUAAGAAAGAGAUACCCGAUCCUGUCAAAGUGGAAGGAUCAGAGGUCAAGACGGAAGCUGAGCAAGGAGCCGGUGAUGGAUCAUCAGCCAGUGUAAAGGAAGAUGGGGAAGAGGAGGAUGUUAAACCAGAGACCACGGAGGUGAAGGAGGAGGCCAAGGUAGAGGUGAAGGAGGAGCCUAUGGAGGAAGUGAAAGAGGAAGUGCCCGAGGAAGAGGACGUCUUAUCUCUCCGCGACGUGGUGCAGAACGAACUGGUGGUCCUACAGCAGGAAAACAAACAGAUCCACAACAUGGUCACUCAACUCCACUCCCGUCACCAUGAACACACACUCAAGGUGUCAGAGCUACAGGACAAGCUGACAGCAGCAGAGACAGAAAUAGCUGAGCUGAAAAAUAAGGUGGAUGACCUGGAGUACAACUUUGAGAAGGCAGACUCUCGGGCCGAAAAGCUGGAUCGACACUUGGCGGAUGCCUGCCAGAAACUUCAGGGCUACCAGGAUACCAACAUGAUCAUACCCGUGGAGGGUGGCAAAAGCAUCACAGGGGUUUCAAAAAAUAAGUUUGAUGAGAUUAUACAAGAUCUGGAGGAACAGCGGGAGCUUGCCACCAACAGGAUGACAGAGCUCGAGAAACUCAGCAAAGAACAUCAAGAGGCUCUCACGGAAAUUGAGAGACUAAAAAUGGAUCUACAACACCUGCCCGAGAGUGUGAUCGUGGAGACGACCGAGUACAAAUGUCUACAGUCCCAGUACUCGGUCCUCUACAAUGAUAACAUGCAGUUCCGUACUCAGAUUGAAGAGUCAAGUAGUCGACUACAGAAUAGUAAAAACACCCACCUCCGACACCUGGAACAGAUGGAGAGUGACGAGCUGGGAGGGCAGAAGAAGCUGAGGGGCGAGUGUAUACAGUUGGAGGACGCUCUAGCACAAGUCAGGAAGGAGUACGAAAUGCUGAGGAUCGAGUUUGAACAGACCCUGGCACAGAAUGAACAGACAGGACCAAUAAACCACGAGAUGAGGAACUUGAUCCAAAGUUUACAAAAACACAAUCAGCAGCUGAAGUCGGAGUCGGGCAGGUACCGACGUCGGGCAAAGGAGGCGCAGGCUGAAUGUGCCAAGCUGAAAGCAGAACUUGCUGCUAAUGAACAAAAACCUAGUAACAACGGAACGGGGGAAAAUGCAGCGGCAACUGGAGCUCACAAUAACUCUGGUUCACAGGGAGCAGAAACGGUCCCAGCAAAGGACCAGGUUCCUUCACCUCCAACUCCAACAUCCAGCAAUAAGUCAGAACCGCUCGACCAACCAGCUUGUUUAUUAUCCAAAGAAGAGGACAAGGAUGACCUGGAGUACAGGGAGAAAGGCAAGACUGACAUUGAGAUCAUUAAAGAUUUACGGUCGCAGCUGAAGCAGGCUCAGGCCAGUCAGAAGGAGCUGAAGCUUUUACUGGACAUGUACAAGUCUGCUCCCAAGGAACAACGGGACAAAGUACAGCUUAUGGCCAGUGAAAAGAAAGCAAGACAGGAAAUAGAGGAACUUAAAACACAUAUUAAGAAAAUGCAGGAAACGGAGCGCAAAGAGAGGAGGAAGCUGGCCGAGGAGGAUGCCAUCAGAAAGAUAAAGAAGAUGGAAGAAACGAUAACGGAGCUACAGAAGAAUUUAACGAGUCAGAAACAGAAAGAGGAGGCUUUACUGGACGAGAUGGAGGUGACUGGCCAGGCCUUCGAGGACAUGCAGGAACAGAACACGCGUCUACUACAGCAACUCAAGGAGAAGGACGACGCCAACUUCAAACUUAUGUCAGAGCGAAUCAAAUCAAACCAGAUCCAGAAAUUACUACGUGAGGAGAAAGAGGUACUGGCAGACCAGGUGAAUACGAUUCACUCCCAGGUUGAGGCUCAAAAUAUUGUGGUCAGGAAACUUGAGGAGAAGGAGCAGAUAUUGCAGAAUACACUGUCUACUAUAGAAAAGGAACUUGGUCUGACUCAGCAAGCCAUGGAAAUGCACAAGCGUAAGGCAGUGGAGAGCUCUCAGACAGCCGCUGAUCUCAAGCUCCACCUGGACAAGUACCAGGCCCAGCUGAAGGAGGCGACGGUGCUGGUGGCAGAGAAAACUGGGGCCUUGGAACAGGAGGCCUACAAACACAAGAGGAUGCAGGAAGAAAUAGCUAAACUGCAGAGGAAGCUGGAACGAACGAAGAAGAUAGAGAUGGCUGGGGCUGCUGAUGAGGUUCUCAUGGCAGAAAUAGCAGAGUAUAAGGAACAGCUAACGUGUCCCUCAUGCAAGGUGAACCGGAAGGAUGCGGUGUUGACCAAGUGUUUCCAUGUGUUCUGUCUAGAAUGUCUCAAGACGCGGUACGAGACGCGCCAGCGGAAGUGUCCCAAGUGUAAUGCAGGCUUCGGUGCAAAUGACUAUCACAGACUUUACCUUGCAUAGCACCAACCAGUUGGCAUAGAAUCUAUAGUUCUGAUCCAGCGUAGUAUCUAGUGAGGCCAUCUAUAAGGAGGGGCUAUCUGCCCCAGGUGUAACACUGCAUGGAUAGGGGCAGUCUGGUACAAGUGAAGUGAGGCAUGCAAAGUUGUGUUUAUUUAAGCGGCAGCUAGCAGUUCAGCUGAAAUUAAGAAGGGCAUGCAUGUAAUAUGUGAUUGAGGGUCAGUCUCACUCCAGUGACACAGGGCACCUUUGUGUGAUAGAGUGGUUAAAUGAAGUAAUGCAUACAUAUAUAGUGUGUGUUUUAAAGGGAGGUUGGCUCAAGUAAUGUGGAACUGUUUUUGAUUGACUCAGUGAAAGUCGGGUUGACUCAGGUGAGGUAAUUCCUCGGAACUCACAGGGGUUUCACUUACUCACACUCUCUUCACCCCUGAAAUUUGUCAUGGCAAAUUGAAGCAGCUACCUAUUUGAUUGGUCUCAGGUGAAAAACACUGACCAAUCACAAUACUGAUACAUGUCCUUUGAAGAUAACUGGGGGGCAAAAGUUAAUUUCAAAACUGGUCAAUUUUACCAUUUCACAGUUGCUGGAUUUUUUUUUUAUUUACCUCAAAAUAUAAAACAAGUCUUGCAUUCUUAGCUUUCAAUUUUGUCAUGACAUAUUCCAGUGGUGCAGAGAGCAUAAUCCCUGCAGUAUCAAAAAUGAGGUGAGGAGAAACAUGCAUACUGUGUGUGAUUGAGGGACGAGCUGGCUCGUGUCACAUGGGUUUACAUACAGUGUGAAAUGCACAGGCAGACAGGCUAAAAGAAUGAGGGGCACUCUAGAUCAAGUACAGCACUCAGCAUUCUUUAUGAAUGCCACAGCUAGGUGAUUCCAUUUCUGUUUACCUUUCUCAAAGUGAACAAUUUGUGCAAAAUGCAUCUUUCAAUAAUACAAUGCUCAUAUUCCAGUGAGAAAUCAUAAUUCCUUAACAAAUAUUUACAUCGUUGAAGAAAUACACCAGCUAGCCAUUAUUGAAAUAAAUAUGAAAUUGUCUUUGCAACAUUCGAGAACCUAGCCUAUAUUAAUAAAGGCCUUUCCUAUUUUAAAAGUGCAUGUGGGCCUCUAUCACUCAAAAGUGAAGCAUUUGUUAUUGACAGAGGAAAUCUCAAAAUUACUGUUCCAGCUUUUGUUCUGAGAAAAUCGUAAAUGUUCCAUACACCCUCUUUUAAAUAAGUUGGUAGCAUGUACACUGAUGCUUCAAAUGAUUCAGGUAAUUUAUUUAUAACUACUACAUCAUAAGGUGGUAGUGAAGGUCUCAGGCCAUCCUCACAAACUUUGAAAGUUCAAUUGCUUGUGUUUUGAUAGAGUGGAAGGAAUGGAUUUUUAUGUAUAGUAAUUUAAGUAAAGCUUUGCACGACUGAUCUGGAGCCCAUAAGUAGGAUUACCUGAUCAUACGAGAAAGUACUAUAAGCAAUGUACAUGUUAUCCCAAUGUUUUUCAAAAACGUUAAAUCUGUAAAUUAAAGUUAUUAAUGUAUAUUUAAUGGAUUGCUAACCUUGUAUCGAUUGGCUAUCAUUUUGAAAUUAAAUGACGCAAAACAAAUUGAGGCUGAUAAAAGGAUGCAACUCUUGUUAUAUCGGGUACUUAAAUUUGAAAUAUGAGUAGGUAAUAUGGUGCAUAUUCAUAUUCAUAUUAAUAUUAAUCUAUACCGUCUUGGCCAAUCCAGUUUUUUUAUAGAAAAAUAAAUGUUUAGAUGGAAUAAAACCUGCUCGUGAAACUUAUUUUAACGGAUAUGAGUAAUUUUCAACACUUUUCACCAUUUUCAAGAUUUUUGAAUGGUAUAUUUUUGCCAUUGGAAUCAUUUAUUGUCAUAAGUGUCAUAAAUAUUUUAUUAUUAUGAAAUGGAACAAUACACAACAGCAAUGAUGAUCUGGCAUACGCGUCAUUGUUGUCGUCUACUUCAGUCAAUUAGGACUCUGAUUCGGUGCCUCUUGUUAGUUUUUCUAGAGGUUCUGAAUCAAGAAAACAUGACCAGUGAAAAUUCAUGAGAGGGAAACAUUAUGUUUUAUUUCCCUGUCAUAUGAUCAAAUGUGAUCCAGUCAGCCUUACUGUUAUGGAUAAGGUAUACAUAAUUAUAUCUUGCAAAAUAGAAGUGAUUUACAAAAAUUGUUACCGGUAGGUCAAACGUAUGGUAGAGUUGACAUGUCGUUAACAUAUGUAUGGUCCUGUUGAUUUACAUAAAAAGUUGACAUGUCAGAUAAAAUGUACACAUGUACGGUACAGAAAGCCUGUGUUUAGAUCUGUGACUGUGGGUGUUUGUGCAAGGCUGAAAUUCAUAUCAUAUGUAAAUAUAACAUAUAUACCAUUUCACUCUAUGUUUAAAUACAUACUUCAUCAUUAACUUGUAUGUGUUGUGCUAUUAAGGAUGUGACCGAGAAGAGUAUAAGAUUGUGAAUGAAAUUACCAGUCAAAUGGUAUAUGUGUGUAUGUAUCA